CAGAUAGUUGUUCGUAGAUUGCCAUCAACGAUGACAUCAGAAAAUUUUAUGCAAUUUGUUGCUCCUUUGGGAUUAUAUGAUUACUAUUAUUUUGUUCAAGGAAGCGUAAGUGGCGACCCAUUUUCGAGGGCUUACAUAAAUUUUGUCAAUUUGACGGAUUUGUGGUUAUUCAAAGAUAAAUUUGAUGGUUACAUAUUUUUGAAUGAUAAAGGUUCUGAGUUUCCAGCGGUAGUUGAAUAUGCUCCAUUUCAUAAAAUAUCUAGUGGAAAACAAAAAGUUGAUCACAGGGUUGCUUCAAUUGCAACAGGUAUUCAGUUAUUUUAUUGA